AACACCAUGUCGAGACCAUCGCACUACGGCGGCGGCGGUGGAGGCGGCGGAGGGCCCGCUUCGAGAAUGUCAGUGCUUGGCGGCGGAGGUGGUGGUGGAGGAGGAGGUGCUGCAGGUCUACCUGUGGGCUCAGCGGCGAGGGUGGCCGCCAAGAGGCAGGAGCUCGAGGGUCUGAGGGCGCUCAAGGAGCAGAGCGCCCGGCUGGCAAAGGACGUCGACAGGCUCGGCGACAAUGUCGACCAACUCGUCGGAGGAGGUGAAGCCGUCGCGGCCGUCAUGACGAGCUGGCAGGGCGUCUUCCGUGCUAUUCAAAUUGCAAGGGCGUCUUCCACAAUGAUGUCUGGCAACGGCGAGGAGGGUCAGGAGGAGGAGGCCAUGGCUGUUCGUCCGGUGCCCGAGACGCUCAUCCGGCUGGCCGUGCCCCAAACUUCCGACUCGACGCCGUGACUUUGGCAUUGUACUAUGUAGUUCGCCCUCUGUAUGACUCUUGCCCAUGUAUAUCACUCCAGAAUACCACCAUUGCUCGCGGAUCCCCCUCCU